CGUCGACUCUCUCCGGUCGUAGCGAAACAAGCACCAGGUGUACAACGUUGGUUUUGGCUUCUAACCUUGCCAGUCAAGCUCGUUCAUUUUAAAAAAAUAAGCAUAUUGUGCAUCUAUUUCUUUAAGUCUACUAAAAAUCACUAUUUGUGCCUUCUUCGAAUUACCGGUAUUAUCACAAAGGUUUAUUCAUGGAGCUUCAACCUAGUAUUAGGUUCAAAUCCUGCUCCAGUACAAUCCCCCUAGCCAUCGGCACGCAUGAUUAGGCCGCCAAGAUAUCUGUCGCAAAUGCUUGUACCCGUGAGGGUCUCGCUGAGAUCAUUCUUAGUUUUGAGACGACCGAUCAGCAAGAUCCAAGCGGCCAGGAUCCCUCAGCGACGACUGAUGAGCUCCACCACCGCAGCAUCGGGCAAAGGGACAGGAGGGGGGCAUUUCCACUCGUCAAAGUCGAUCCAGCACUUGCUCGAUAACAACAAGAAAUGGCGUGAUGACUUAAUGAAGCGCGAUUCCUCUCUCUUUGAUCGCACCGCAGAUGGCCAGCAGCCUCCCUACCUCUGGAUCGGAUGUUCGGACUCUCGAGUCCCCGCUGAAGAAAUCACGGGACUGGACCCCGGCGAGAUGUUCUGCCACCGCAAUGUGGCCAAUCUCGUGGUGACCAACGACAUCAACGUUCUCUCGGUCGUGCAGUAUGCAGUUGAAUCACUCAAGGUGAAGGACAUCAUUGUAUGCGGUCACUACGGCUGCGGUGGAGUGAAGGCAGCAAUGGAGAACAAGCACAUCGGGAUCUUGGACACUUGGCUGCGCUCCGUUCGUGAUGUACACCGCAAGCACAAGGAAGAACUCGAUGCUCUUCCAACCGAAGAGGCUCGUUACCGUCGCACGGUGGAGCUCAACGUUAAGCAGCAAUGCCUCAACAUUUUCAAGACGAACGUGGUGCAGCAUCGUCUCGGACGUCCCGACGAGCCUGGUAUACAUGGUCUCGUGUAUGACGUCAAGACCGGAGCACUUAAAGAGCUCAAGGUCGACUACUCUGGAUACUACGCCAAACUUAUAGGCGAGGACAGUCUCCACGCUUUCCCGGAUGGGGAACCUACUAUGGGUUUGGCUCAUCGACGUCGUAACGCAAUUCUGGAUCUAGCGGACGGCCUUGAAAAAGAACCAGGGAUAGUCCGCAUUCGCUACAUGGCUCGUAUGCUCAAACGUGAGUCGGAUUUGUUCUCGCCCGAAGAAGUGGACGAAGCCAUCGAGACGAUCAAAGCGCAGAUGGACGAUCCCAAUAAUUCUUUCAUGAACAUCAAGCACCUCAUUGCGUAUUUCGCCCCCAUGAAGCCCAAGGAGACCGAGUAACCUGAAACUACUACUUGCCCCUGCUCUUUAACAUUUUAAAAUUGCUAUUCAGUGAAACCCGAAAUCAAUAGUACGGAGUGGUGUUUCAAAUGCAUGAACAUCGCUUCUCGUUUUUAUUU